AUACUUAGUUCGUCCCUUGACCCAAACUCCCAUCAGUAGAUCUUUUCAAUCUACAAAUCGCCUCAUCUACAGGACAAUGGCAUCCCAAAACACACCAGCUUUCAACAAGAUUCUCUACGCUCCUUUGGCAGAGAUCGACCCAGAGGUCAAAAAUAUCAUCGACAAGGAGACAUGGAGGCAGUUCACUGGACUCGAGCUUAUUGCUUCAGAGAACUUGACCAGCCAGGCCACCAUGGAGGCCAAUGGCUCAAUUCUCACCAACAAAUACUCUGAGGGUCUCCCCAAUGCUCGUUACUACGGUGGUAACGAGUACAUUGACGAACUCGAGCUCCUUUGCCGAAAGCGUGCCCUUGAGGCCUUCCACCUCGAUGCCUCCAAGUGGGGUGUCAAUGUCCAGCCCUACUCUGGCAGUACUGCAAACUUUGCUGCUCUUACCGCUUUGAUCCAACCCCAGGACCGACUCAUGGGUCUCGGUCUCCCCGACGGUGGCCAUCUCACCCACGGUUACUACACCGCCAAAAAGAAGAUGACCGCCUCCUCCAUCUACUUCCAGUCCCUCCCCUACGGUAUCAUCCCUGAGAGCGGCCUCAUCGACUACGACAAGCUCGAGGCCCAAGCUAAAAUCUACAAGCCCCGACUCAUCAUCUGCGGUGCCUCUGCCUACCCCCGUGACUGGGACUAUGCUCGUCUCCGCCAGAUUGCUGACAAGGAGGGCGCUUGGUUGAUGGCUGAUAUUGCCCACACCAGUGGUCUCAUUGCUGCCCAGGAGCUCAACAGCCCCUUCGACUACUGUGACGUUGUCACCACCACCACCCACAAGACCCUUCGUGGCCCUCGUGCUGGCCUCAUCUUCUACAGGAAGGAUCUCGAGAACGCCAAGGACCUCGAGAAGCGCGUCAACGACGCCGUCUUCCCUGCCUGCCAGGGUGGUCCUCACAACAACACCAUCGCUGCUAUUGCUACCGCCCUCAAGCAGGUCGCCUCCCCCGAAUGGAAGGCCUACGCCAAGCAGGUCGUCGCCAAUGCCCGCGCCCUCGCUGAGACCCUCGUCGGUCACGGCUACAAGCUCCAAACUGGCGGUACCGACAACCACCUCGUCCUCUGGGACCUCCGCCCCAUCGGCCUCACCGGCUCCAAGGUCGAGAAGGUCUGCGACCUCAUGGGUAUCACCAUCAACAAGAACGCUGUCUCCGGUGACGCCUCUGCUCAAGUCCCCGGCGGUAUCCGUUUGGGUACCUCCGCGCUCACCUCGCGUGACAUGCGCGAGGAGGACGUCAAGCAGGUCGCCGAGUUCUUGCACCGUGCUGUGCAGAUCUCCUUGACUCUCCAGAAGGAGGCCGGCACCAAGUUGUUGAAGGACUUUGUCCGUGUUGCUACCACCAAGGAGGAGGGCAAGGUUGGAUAUGAGCAGGUCAGCCAACUGAGGGAGGAGGUUCAGGCCUUUGCCAAGAGGUUCCCUCUCCCUGGUGUCGAUACCCAGAACCUGCAGAGGCCCGAGGGUUUGCAUGAGUACCACUAA